UGCUGCCGCCCGUCCGGGGAGCGCGGGGGACCGAGACGGGGACAGCUCUGCCCCCGCGGCACUCCCCCGCGAGAGAGGAAGCUCUCUCGAAAUAACUCGGCGCUUCCCCUCGAGCCCCGCGCGCUUUGAAGCGGCUGCCGAGCCCGGAGCCCCCGGGGCUCCGCCGCCCCCCUGCCCGAUGUCCCCUGCGGGUCCCUGCUGCCCUGGCCGCGCCCUCGGGGGGGGGCUGCGACUCCCUGGGCCCCCCGAGCCCGGCCUGAGGAAGGCCCCGUCCCGGCUGCCAGGCCAUGCCCCAGCGCCCUGAGCAGCCCCGUGCUGGUGCCCCGCGAGCUGCAGCCCGGCCCGGCCAUGGAGAGCUCAGAGCUGGAGUCGGACAUCCUGCGGCGGGUGCGGGCGCUGCUGCGGGAGCUGGACGGGCACCACCCCUCCUGCCAGAGCGACCGAGGAAUGCUGCGCUGGACCCUGCACAAGAGAAUCGACCAGAACCCCAGAACCAGCUGUGUCCUGGUCAGGAUCCUGGUGAAGGAGCUGGAGAGGGCAGAGCGAGGGGACCUCCGGCACUACAUCAUCCCCCUGCUGCACACGCUGAUGUACGCCUUGAUCCAGGCUCCCUGCGUCCCUGACGAGCUCUGUGCCAGGGUUUAUGACUUCUGCAAGAGGCUGCUGACCCUGCCCAAGCCCUUCUGCACCAUCGGGCUGGACUAUGCCAGCAGGCUGCAGGUGGAGAGGACAGCCCCAGGGACCCUGUACCAGAGGAUGGUCAUCUCCGAGCAGAGCCUGCGCAGCGCCCCCUUCCCCUACCAGGAGAGGAUUUUCAUCUUUGCUGACCCCGAGCUGCUGCCCGAAGCCAUCUGCAAGGCGCUGGCCACCGACACGGCGGCGGCCCAGGAGUCCCAGAGCCCCCGGGGCUGCAUGAGCUGCGUGGUCACCCACGCCCUGCAGGCGGCCCUGGGUGACACCUGCGACACCCCCGGCCUCCGGGCGCGACUCCAGGCCUUGUCCCCGGGGGACGUGGAGCACUGGUUCCAGCAGGUGGUGGCGGCCGUGGAGGGCGCGGGCAGCGAGGGGGGCUGGGACCGGGGCCAGCACACGGCGCGGCUGGAGAGGAUCUACCGCGGGCUCCUGGGCUCCGUGCCCGCAGGGAAUGCUCCCCAGGAAGGGCUGCAGGGCACCCCUCUGCCCAGCCCCAACAUCAGCUUCCACCUGUGGACAGAGGAUGAGCAGCUCUGGAAGGAGCUGGUGCUGUUCGUGCGCCCGCUGUCGCAGAGCUGCGAGCCCGAGUGCCUGGGGCAGGAGCUGGAGCCCUUGGAGAUGCCGGAGGAGCUGCCGGGCUGCGGCUGCUGCGGCCAGAGCCGCUUCUCCGUGCUGUCCACGGACAGCGGCAUCGAGCGGGACCUGCCGGCGCCGGAGGAGCCGAGCGACGCCGAGCGCUCCCGGCUGCACAGGAAGGGCGGCAUCAAGAAAAAGCCGUCCCCGCUGGACAGCGUGCCCUUCCUGCAGGCCGGCAGCGCUGUGCCCGGCGGGAAGCCCCCCGGGAGGCUGCCCAGGAGGGCAGGGAUGCCCCCCGAGCCCGCGGCCCCACUCCAGAGGCUGCACACCGCCCGCGUGGUGCUGCUGGGGGACGAUCGCAUCCUGGGCCGCCUGGCACGAGCCUUCCACUCCCUCAGGAAACGGGAAGCCCGGCGAGUGUUCCUGACGCCCAGGCUGGACCUGCAGUUCUACCACAUCCCGGUGGUGCCCUCUGCUGCUGCCGACCACGCUGGCCCCGAGGAGCUGUGCGAGGUGGCCGGGUACCUGGGCAGGGCUGACCACUGGUACGAGAGCAACAUCAACACCCUGAGCCACAUGAUCCCCAAGCUGGCCACCAUGCCGUGGUCGCCGAGCCGGGCCCUGGUGUCCGACCCGUUCCUCACCGAUGUCAUCGCCUACUACGCGCGCAUGGGCACCCAGCCCGUCUGCUUCCAGCUGCACUCUGCCAAGCUCCUGUUCCAGGACCCAGCCCAGGAGCCAGCUGAGGACGUGUUCCUGACGGAGCUGCUGACCCAGGUGCAGGACAGCCCCUCGCACAGAGAGCUGAGCACAACCAAGAGGAAAAGCACCCUGGAUGGGCCUGGCAUGGAUCUCACAGUGACCUACAGGCGGGUCGUGCUCAGUGACCGGCAGAAGGAGCUGGCCCUGUCCCUGCGCUCCACGGGCCUGCUGAUGAAAGCCAUCCCUGCUGAGGAGCCUGAAGGCUGUGGCAAACAGGUUCAGAACACGGAGCAUCAAGGUCAGGAGCCCAGAGCAGAGACCCUUCACGGUGCAGCUGGACAAGGACAGCAGGAGAACCUACAGGGACGUGGUCAGCCUGGAGGUGUCUCCCUGCCUCGAGCCCAGCUACUGCCUGCAGAAGACGAGGACCACGAAAUUCAGCCCUCAGGAAACAGAAGACGUGGGGCUUGUGAAAUACCUGCCCAAGUCUCUGCUGCUGCCCAUCAACACUUUUGCAGGAGUCAUCCCCUGAAGGACACGGGAGAAGCUCGAUCCUCAAAGAAUGAAGCACCAUCUCUCUGGCACGUGUUCUGCUUCAAAUCCUUUGACUGGGUCAAAAGCCGGGAGCUCCCCUGGCUGUUGGAGGUGAGAAUUCCUGGAUUUUGCUCAGGUUCGUGUUUCAGCGGCUGGAGGUGGGGCUGCUGCGAGCAGAGCCCAGGGGCUGAUCCCCCAAACCCUCCCUGUGUCACCGUGUCCCUGCUCUCCAGCCAGUGGCACUUCCCGAAGUGUCCCUGAGCCCUCGGACCUGUGCAUGGGGACACCAGUGUCACCUACGGGCACGUCCUGGCCGAGAAGCGUCCCAGCAGAGGAGCCUCGUGUGUCCCCUCAGGGUGUUUUGGGGCAGGGGGUGUUGAGGUGUGUCCCUGCACUGCCGUGAAUCCUCAGCCGGGUGCUCUGGGAGCACAAACCCCCGUGAGGGGAGGGUCUGCCCCCAGCCCCCCUUCCCGUGCCCUGUGCUGUGCCCGGCCCCAGGGCAGUGCCACCGGGCAUGGCUGUCCCGUGCUGUGCCCAGCCCCAGGG